CCGCUACGUCGAUGGAAGUGACGUAAUUAAGUAAACAGGAGUUGUCUCUACAUUUGUGUUGGUGUUAAUGGCAAUAUAAUUGCCAGUAAAAGGCCCAUUUCGAAAGAAUAUUCGGGAUAGAGGCGUAUUUGGUGACGCCUGUAUGAGGAAGCUGCUGAAAACCCGCUAAAGGACUUUCUGUCGUGGGAAAGUUGUGAUUCUGUCCUGCGAUGUUCACAGACAUGGACUAUGAGCUGGAGGAGGACAAACUAGGGAUACCGACGGUACCCGGCACUGUGACCCUGAAGAAAGAUGCUAACAAUCUCAUCGGCAUCAGCAUCGGUGGUGGAGCUCAGUACUGCCCUUGUCUCUAUAUUGUCCAGGUGUUUGACAACACUCCUGCCGCUCUGGAUGGGACGUUGGCAGCGGGCGAUGAAAUCACCGGAGUGAACGGGAAAACGGUGAAAGGGAAAACAAAGGUGGAGGUGGCCAAGAUGAUUCAAGCUGUCCAGGGAGAGGCGGUGAUCCACUACAACAAGCUGCAGGCUGACCCAAAACAAGGGAAAUCUUUAGAUAUCGUGUUGAAAAAAGUCAAACAUCGCCUGGUGGAGAACAUGAGCUCAGGAACAGCAGAUGCUCUUGGACUCAGCAGAGCUAUUCUAUGCAACGACGGCCUGGUGAAAAGACUGGAAGAGCUGGAGAAAACAGCCGAGCUUUACAAAGGACUGAUGGAGCACACGAAGAGGCUGCUCAGAGCUUUCUUUGAACUGUCUCAAACUCACAGAGGGUUUGGAGACGUGUUUUCUAUCAUCGGUGUCAGAGAGCCGCAGGCCGCAGCCAGCGAGGCUUUCGUCAAGUUCGCCGACGCUCACAGAAACAUCGAGAAAUAUGGAAUCGAGCUGCUAAAGACCAUCAAGCCUAUGCUCCAUGACCUGAACACAUACCUGCACAAGGCCAUUCCAGACACCAAGCUCACCAUCCGCAAGUAUCUGGACGUAAAGUUUGAAUAUCUGUCAUACUGCCUGAAGGUGAAGGAAAUGGAUGAUGAAGAAUACAGCAGCAUUGCCAUGGGAGAACCUCUGUAUCGUGUGAGCACCGGGAACUACGAGUACCGUUUGGUUCUGCGGUGUCGGCAGGAAGCUCGGGCCCGCUUCGCCAAGAUGAGGAAGGACGUUCUGGAGAAGAUCGAAUUGCUGGAUCAGAAACACGUCCAGGACAUCGUGUUCCAGCUGCAGCGCUUCGUCUCGGGCAUGUCCCAUUACUACGACGACUGCUACGCCGUCCUGAAGGAGGCGGACGUGUUCCCCAUCGAAGUGGACCUGUCCCGCACCAUGAUCAACUACAGCAGCCAGUCGCUGUCCUACACGGACGAAGACGAGGAGGACGGGGGCGGCGGAGGGGAAGAGGGACGGAGCACGCAGGCAGAGAACGGCACUGAGAAGCUGAUUGAUGAUGAAUGAGUGAAUGAGAGAGUGUGUGUGUGUGUUUAACAUGAGCACUCUAACGUGUUAAACAGCAGCGAAAACAUUUGAUGCUGUUGAAACAAAGCUGAACAUGACUCUGUGCUCAUUUUACUGUUUUAUCGUUUAUUUAAACUCAUUUUCUUGCUUUUUUGAUAUUCCAUUUUCUCACCGACACAACUCCCCAACAGUGGGUGAUUUUAUUUUAGCACUUUGUGAGAGGCGUGUUUACUACGUCAGAGUGGGAUCUUGAAGCUUGAGGUGUGCCUUUUUUUUUUUUUUUUUUUUUUUUUUUUACCGUCUCCCUCGGAGUCUAUUGGGUUUCUGGUGUUUGUCAGUCUGUAUCAAACUGAAUGUUGUAACUUUAUUGUCUAUAUUACUUGCUCCACUCUGUACAACACCAUCUUAUUCAGCUACUUUACAUUUUUUUUCUUACUUUACACUUAUCAGCUUAAGAGUCCCAUACUUUACAAAAUGUCAGAGGUUCAACAAAAAACGUUCCAGCUUCAAAAUUUGUUACACCUCUUUUUGCAAACAUUAAGCCAGCUUUACCUUGCAUUAAUUAGAUUUUAUUUUUUUAUGUUCAGUUCUAUUGCAAAUAACACUAUGCUUUUCCAUUCCAGCCUUACACUAAAAACAAGAAGGAUGGCUGUCUUGCGUGCACAUACAACCCCACAGAGCUACUGUGCUGUUAGCACUAUAUAAAAGAAAGUGUAAACAUGGACAUUCCAAAUAAUGCUGUGUAUCAGGUCAUUACCACUGUAUUUAUUGUGUUUUUUUUUUGUUGCUGAAAUUAUAUUUAAAAGUUUGUGAAAAGUUAUUCUUGGAAAGAAAAAUCCAUCUCUUGCUUGAAUAUGUUAUACUACAAGUGACCACUGGAUGGCAGCAAUGCACCAGAUUUCGCAUCGCUGCUGUAAUACGUUCAGUUGAAGUUUUGUGCUGAAGUAAAUCGUUUUAUUUUUGUCUUGUUUACUUUUAUGUAACGUAAAGGAAGGACUUUUUAAAAAUCUUUAUGCACUUAAUCACCAGUUGCAAAAUAUACUGAUCUGAAAGUGAAGCACGUUAGUUCGGUCUUUGAAAUUCUACACUUCCUCAAAGUAAAUAAUGUAACUAUUGAAGUCAAAUGCAUACAAACAUGACGUACCUACUGCGAGAAGCUCAUGUUUGGUUGUUUAAGACGGUUAAUUUAGCUUUUCUAAUUCAGUUUUGCUUUAAUCCUCUUACUAAGGCAAUGCCGGAAGAUUUGUAAAUAUAAAAUAAAACUAUUUGAAAUUC